AGCGCCUCAGGCAACUGGAGUUUUGACCCCUUUGCUCUGGAGCCUCUUGAGAAAAGCUUUUCAUUUUUUUGUUUGUUUGUGAGUCUCUCUACAUAGGUCAGGCUGGCCUCCACCUCCCAGUCUUAGGUUGGGAUCCCAGGCCGUGCAACAUCAUGCUAGGAGGCAAACGUUCUUGUGUAGAAAUUAAGGAAUGCAAUUGAGUUAGCACUGGUGUGGAGCCAUAGGGUACUGAGGAAGUUUUGAUUGCGUGUAUAGUACUUGUAAAUUAAUUACUUUGUUUAGAGUAAUAUUUCCACUUAAUUAUGGUGGUUUGGUACUUGCUUGAUUCAGCUGAAGACCCAUUUGAGCCUUGAGAAUGUUAGUUCUACCCCAAUCAUGUAUCCACACAAGUGCUUCUCUUGACAUUUCUCGAAGAUGGGAGAAGAAGAAUAAGAUUGUUUACCCACCACAACUGCCUGAUGAACCUCGGAGACCAGCAGAAAUUUACCAUUGUAGGAGACAAAUAAAAUACAGCAAGGACAAGAUGUGGUAUCUGGCAAAAUUGAUACGAGGCAUGUCUAUUGAUCAGGCUUUGGCUCAGUUGGAAUUCAAUGAUAAAAAGGGGGCUCAAAUAAUUAAAGAGGUACUCUUAGAAGCACAAGACAUGGCAGUGAGAGACCAUAAUGUGGAAUUCAGAUCCAACUUAUAUAUAGCUGAGUCUACCUCAGGUCGAGGCCAGUGCCUGAAGCGCAUCCGUUACCAUGGCCGAGGUCGCUUUGGCAUCAUGGAGAAGGUCUAUUGCCACUAUUUUGUGAAGCUGGUGGAAGGACCCCCACCCCUACCCGAAGCACCCAAGACAACAGUCGACCAUGCCAAGGAGUAUAUUCAGCAACUUCGAAACCGGACCAUCAUCCACACUCUGUGAUGGUCAUUCUGGCUCCACAGUGUAUAUAUUUUACAUUUGUUUUAAAAAGUAAAAACAAAUAGUUUUUAUGCUUUGUCAUUGAA